CAAUCAUCUACAUUCAUUUGAAAGUCUUUCUUUCUUUUAACCAUUUACAUUCAUUCCAAAGUCUUCCUAAACCUCAACCAUUUCGACUUUGACACUCUUGCAAUCAAGCAUUUAUUUCAUCGGCAAAAUGCGUACUUCUACCAUCUUUUGUUUCUUCGUUGGUCUGCUCGGCAUGGAUACCAUGGCACAAACAACAAGCCGCGACCCAAGGACGCCUGCCGCAGGAGGUAUCUGCUGCACAAAUCACGGCGUAGCAGACGAUUCUUACACUUGCAAAAACUCGACAUUAAACUCUUACUGCUGCAUCAACGAACGGAACGACUACGAGGGCGGUGAGGGAUCCAAGGGUGGAUGUGAUCGGUUCGAUGACUUCCCUACGGGUCGUUUGGUCGAGAAGUACGUCACACAAGGCUGUGUAUCCGGCAAUUCGGGUGGAUUUAUUGGAUGUGCCGCCUAAAGUGGUGAUGGCACAAGUCUUAUCCAUUGUAUCAACAUCAGAGCCGCGCUCGAUCAGGAGUUUUAUGUAUGAUUGUGCUAUUGUAUACCUACCUAGUGGAUCUGCCUACAAGAUAUAAGUUCAGC